AUUAUGUUUAUGUUAGUUCUGUCAUUUAUUUUGAAAGUACUAGCCGGAACACCGGUAACUCUUUGGCUAGCUUGAUGGAGCUUUGUGGUUAACCAGUGGGACGGCUUGCUGGCUGCUCAGCGCUGCCUGGUCUAUCCUGUCAACAACACUGGAACCUGAGACGGGAUAGCCAGUCAUUUAGCUAGCUGAGUAAACCAGCUAAAUUAGCCUCUCAGCUAGCCUGUGCAUUAACCAAGUCCCGAGCUUCUGGAACCAAUGUACAAAGUUGGCUGAAUACACCGAGUUUGGAGUUGAUUCGACGGUGCCAGAAAAAAAAAAAAAAAAAAAAAAAACUCCUCCGUUUGGCAUCUUCAACUCUGUCCCCCUUGUGUGCUAUGACAUCGAGGCUAAGCUACAGCAAAGGCCCAAGCUCUACAGCAGACGGUUGACCUCUGGUCAGGAUGGCUGCUCAGGUGGAGGUUCAGACCGGUGAGGUUGGGAGGACAGGUGCUGGAGGACGACUCCACCUGAGUCCCCUGACGGACUCCAUCAAUAAGAACGUCAUGGAGAUCCCUUCUCUCAGCGAGUCUCACAUCAUUGUAUCAGAAACCAACAAACCCGCCCCAAAUCCCAAGCCUCGACUCACUCCCAAGCCGUUCGCUGUGGAGAAAAACCCCACCAUUAAGCCCAUACUCGCCCCCAAGCCCCACGCCAAACCUCGCCCAGAGUCCACUCGCAUUGCUGGAUCCAAAUCAGAUCUGCCAAAUACACCAAAACCAGUAGCGAGACCAGUGUCCACCAAUCCUAACCGUCCUGCUGCUACUUCCUUUAGAACACCUAAUAAAUUGAAAACUGGGCAGACAACCAAGCCUGUGAUCCAGCCUUUUAAACCAGUCCCCCCUCUUGAUCCUGGGGAGCCCAGUAAAUCAACCCGUCCAGUGCCGAUUGGGAGGCGGAAACCUGCUGUGUCAACCUUGGCCUAUUCCAAAAGUCUUAAAACAUAUUCAGCAGCUGAGUGGUCUGGAACCACUUCAAACAAAAAUGAGAGUGGGCAGAAUAAAGAAGGACCCAUUACACGAGCUAAAUCGAUGGAUUUUCUUGCUGCAGUAGGGCAGCAUGAAGAUGAAAAAAACAAAGCUCAGCCUGAAGCAGCUGUGCAACUUCGAACACAGCCCAGAAGCCUCAGGCCCAGACCCGUUUCAGCCAUUUUCCCAGCUUCACCAGCUAAAACAGAGACACCAGUUCCUGCUCCUCGUUGGGUAGCAAGGCGACCCCUUUCAGCUGAUCUCACAUCAAAGUUUGAGUCAAUUGGUCUGUCUCUGCACCGUAAAAGCCCCAAAGGAGACACUCCAGCAGAGCAGGUGCCCCCACAGGAUAAUGAGCAAGAUAAAACUCCUUCCUGCAUAACAUCAGAAAGUACUGAUGGUGUUGCUGAUCCUGCUCACUCUAACCAGAACGACAAAAAGGCAGAAGAAACUGCUGUGAAUGACGCUGAACAGAUUAAGCCUGUGACUAGCAUCAAGUCUCGAAUAAAUCUCCUAGUGGAUUCAUCGUCCUCUCCGGGCGCAGCGGCUGAUCUGCUCUCUCCAGUGCAGCCAUCACCAGAUUCAGAAACAUCCGUGGGUGUUAAACAGCUCAUCAAGCAGCUGACUGAAGAUUCUACGCCAACUUCGAUUCCAGCGGCGAAACCGGCGCUGAAGCCUCGGCCGUUACCUCUCGACCUUACCAAGAAGUUUUCAUUCGAGCGCUCACCAGACCCUGUUUCACUCACUGAGGCAGGAGAUCGGCACGAGACCAGCAGAGCUCCUCAGCGAGGGGCUGAGGAAUCAACAAGCACUCCUAAUGACCAGAAGAUGUUUUUGGAUUUGAAAGAUUCCUCAGCAGAGUUCAGAAAGGACUUCAUACAUGAAGGAUCUGAGGCAGGACAGCCGGGUACUCCUUUCAAGGAAAGUGGUUCUGGUGCUGAAUUACACACAGUGAGAGCGUCUAUGUUUGAAAACAUUGUGGAGAGGCAAAGUGUGUUCAUGAUGGACCAGGAUGAAUCUCCAAGCACAACCAGGGAUUCUCCUGUUGCCACGUUCUUUAUGAGAAGAAAUGAUGAGGAUGGAGCUCUAGUCACUGCCACUUACAAGGAACCUGCAUCUCCAUCAAGUCCUUUCUGGGUGUCGCAUGCCUUUGACACAGUCCUGGCAGCUGAAGAGAACCGGGCCAUAAGUGAGAGCAUCCCUGCAGCCCAAUGGGAAGACAAGGCCAUGACGCUCCGUUCCAGACGCUCAGAGCGAACCAGGCCUGGUAUACAGAUAACUGAUCCGGCACCAGCACAACCAGCUUCAGCAGCGGAACCACAGCCACGGUUUCUCAGAGUGGGGGCUUUACAGAAAUGGACCACUACAGGUUUUGACCAAUGUGGAAGUCUGGAUAAAGGGAUGCUGAAGGAAUCAGAAAGGGAUGCAAAGGUGACUUCGGACAAAUAUCGGGAUGAAGUGGCUGCAGCCCCCAAACGCUUAAAAAUCCUGCAGUCAGAAGAGCAGCAGAAACCCAGGGUGACAUACUUUGCUUUGACUGGACAAAUGCAGGAGCUGGCUUCUCCUGGAGGUGGAGGAACAAGCUUUGUGGAUGCCAAUCUGCCCUUCAAGGACCGAUCUGUGAGGUCAGCUCUGGGUGGCUCACAGGGACAAAUCUUUUCAGUUAGGAGGAACCCCUCGCUGGAAGAAGCUUUUGGGCAAAUCUCCCCCUCUCAAGAGAAAUGUGAUCAAUUUAUGCCAAGGAAUCACAUCCCAUCCAUGGAGAUCAGGUCCCAGAUGGAUGAACAGACAAAACAGGAGAUAAUAGAAGUUAAAGAGAAAAAAGAGCAGCAGGGGGAAACGGAAAGAAACAUGACUAAAAUGAAUGAGCUUGAGAGGGAAAAACAGAAGCACCAGAAAAUGGAAAAGCAAGUGAAUUUUGAAAGAAUGAAGGAGUGGGACAGGCAGAGAGAGUUUGAAAGACAGAGACAGAAAGCAUUUGAAAAGGAGAAAAAAGAAUUUGAGGAGAAACAGCAACGGCAAAAACAGUUCGAGCUCGAAAAACAAAACCAGGAAGAAUUGGAGAAGGAGCGACAGCAGCACCUCCAGAAAGAAAAACAAGAACUGGAGAGGCAGAAAGAGAUCAAAAGAGAGAGGGAGCGUGAAAAGGAGAAGCAGAAAGAAAUGGAGAUGCAACAGCUGGUUGAGUUAGAAAGGCAGAGACAGAGAGAAAAGGCAGAGAAGGAGGCCGAAAAAUUAAAACAGAUGGCUUUAGAGCAGGAAAUGCAGCAGAUAAAAGAGCUGGAGAAAUUAGCGAAACAAAAGGAGAUGGAAAGGAAGAGAGAGCUGGAAAAACAGAGGGAAAGAGACAUAGAAAAGGAGAUGAAGAGACAGCUAGACAUGGAGAGACAGCAGUUAGAAAAGGAGAGGCUAAGAAGAGAACAGGAGCAGGAAAGGAAGAGGAAGGAGGAGCUGGAAAGAAUAAUAGAGAUGGAGAGGCAGCAGCUUGUUGAGCUAGAGAAGCAGAGACAAAGAGAAGAAGAGAGGGAGGCUGAAAAAUUAAAAAAGUUGGCCUUGGAGCAGGAAAUGUUGAAAAUAAAAGAGCUCGAGAAAGAGAGAGCAAAACAGGAGUUGGAGCGUCAGAAAGAGAUUGAAAUGGAGAACUGGAGGCAGAGAGAAAUGGAGAAGGAGAAACAGAGGCAGCUGGACCUCGAGAGACAGCAGUUUGAAAACGAGAGGCUCAGACGUGAACAGGAGAAGGACCGGCAGAGGAAGGAGCUGGACAGACUCAGAGAGAUGGAGUUUGAUAAAGCAAAGGAGACGAUGGAAAGAGCCGAGGCUGAGAAAAUAAGGCACAUAGCCAAGCAACAAGAAGCAGAGAGACAACGACUGAAAGAGAAGCGGCAGAAGAAGGAGGAGCAGGAGAGGCUCUGGUUGGAUUCACAUGCACUUAGACCCCAAGUUCUUGAUCUGGAUUCUGUGCUCAGAAGUGAUGCUCCGUCUCUGCCAUCUCCUCAGCACAGUGACCCUUCGCCACGAUGGAGGGAGCCUUAUAAACCUGCAAUCCUUGACAUUGACUCUUUCACAUCUCACAACCAAGUCUCGCCAAGCAAAGACUUGUUUCCUGCUUCUGGUUUUCUGGAACUAGAUGUGGACUUUGGUGUGAGGUUGCCGCCUCCAUCCGAAAGAGAUGUUAACUGGAAGGUGCCACCGCAGACUUCAGUAGGUUUCUCAAGCCCUGUAUGGACAACAUCGCCUCAGGAUCCAUGGGAGCUACAGUCUGUUGAGAUGUCUGUAGACAAACCAGUGACAGAACCCAAAAAAGCUGCCAACAAACCUGGCCCAGAACAACUUCCCUUCAAACAGGAGGAGCGCCUUCCAAGCCCUCAGCAACACAGACCAGCUUUCCUAGAUGAGCUUCUCUUCUUGUCUCCUCCUUCACGGAAAGAGCCUCAAACUGGGAUCUCUCCUCAUGAGCUUUCCCACAGUGCUCCUGGAGACCAGAUCUGGAUUCCAAGAGAGCCCCAGCCUCCCAAAGAAAGGAGAGGAGACAUCCAUAGCCACAGGAGAUCCCAUGGAUCUCAGGAGUUAAAUAGGAUGCGCUCUCGGAGUAUGUCCAGGAGAUCGGCUCCUUCAAGCAGCGCUGAGGAGGGAAGUCUCUUCAGGAUGAGGAGUCGCAGCGCCCACAGAGAGCUGGACCUUCACAGCUUGGUGCAGCAGAAGCAGAGCGGCGAAGCAGACAGUAAAGACUCUGGAACUCCGGUUCGUGACACUGACAGCCAGUACGGGACCUGGGAAACAGGACUGCGCACUGAUGGCAGCCUCACACCCGCCACUCCUAGUUCAGAAAGCAAUCUGAGUCCCUCACCGAGGAAGCCAACUCCACUAGCCUCACCAGGUGCUCAGGCCUCGCAGUUAGAGACCACUACUCCGGAUGGGCCCUCCCCGUUUUCCUCAUCUGAAAGCCAGCCACGUACUUUCCCUGAUGCUCCAACAGCGCUGUUGGACAAUAGUGCUCUACGAUCUCGAGCCCAGUUGGGGAAGAAACGAGCCCCAAGGACACGUCCAUCCAAGGCGGCCCGGUUGAAUGCGGUGCCGGCUCAGGGAGAUGGAGGAAACACAGAAGAUUGGCUUUACAGAGACUCAACAGAGGCAAAGGCGGAGAAUAAAAACGAUGACUCAGAGUCUGAGGAGCAGGCCAGAGGAGCUGAUGCUGGGGCUGCUGUUCCCUCGCAGCCACAGAGGGUCGCCCUGUUCCCAGGAGUAGAUCCUUCAGCUUUAAAGGCCCAGCUUAAGAAGAGGGGUGACUCUGACAAUCAAACCGAUGGACCUGUUCCCUCUUCUUCCCAAAUCUCUCGCUCUCCGAAGUCUCCAUUCCUUCCCCGUGCAGCACGUGUGCUGCCCCCAGCUGGCGGGAAAGAAAAUGGGGAGGAAGACUCACCCCAGUGGUUGAAGGAGCUAAAAUCCAAGAAGCGCUUGAGUCACUUUGACAAUGAAAGCUAAGUAAUCAAUGAGUUUGCCUUAACAGAUGAAUCUAAAAGAACUAGAAGCCUUAACAUUUGGUCCAGAGAGAAGAAGUGAGGCUGGAUCUACAGUUGCUGAUAUAUUUUGUUUCAUUACUUUUUGUCAAUGUUUUUUUUCUUUCCCCUUCUGGGUCACUAAAUGUGCAUGGUGCCUUUUUUUAAACUGAGAGUAUCUUACGGAAAAAAGGAAAAGAAGCACGGACAACGUUAUGCUGUUUCCUUUUUGUCCACUUCAUGCUUGAACCUGUGGAAGUACUGCUGCACCUUCAGAUUAACACUCUCUUUGGGACCAGGAGAAACAAGGAUGAUGGAAAAUAAAGACGUUUCCUGUCAGGUCACAUUUCAGGAAACGUUACUUGAAGCUCGAGGGACCGUGAUGCAGCUUCAUCCUGGAUGAGCUUCAUCACUAGCUGGAGGUUAAUGUUGUCGUUCGUACCUCUACCUAUGUUUGCUUAUUAUGGGAAGGGUGUUGAUGAUGAUCACAUUGCCAUAAGAUAACAUUUCAGUGAGUUUUUGAAUAUACAGAACAAAUCAGCACUGGCUGGCUUGUCAGUGGGAACAUGUUAAUAGAAGAUGUUAUAUUUGUAUUUACUUAUCAGAGCUAGUUUUGAAGAAAGUAAACAGUAAGAUGUAUCACUACAGCAGAGGCUCCUCAGCUUUUUACACUAAUACACUCCACAGCCCCAGAGUCGCUGCAUAUUAUAUGUAGUGUUCUGGUUUUUUUGUUAAUGAGGGAUUUGGGGAUUUUGGACAAAUGAACUUGCAUCUGUCAAUCAUGCACAGAAUUAAUUAGCACAAACACUAUGAAUAAGCCUGUUCUCCCUUCUUUAACAGACUGAAGGGUAUUCAGUAUAAGCCAUACCGUCAUCUAGUUUCUCUCACAUCUUUCUCAAUCACGUCUCUCCAAUUGAUGUGCAACUGUCCCACUUUAGUCCCCAUUCAGUUUGCAUGCACAAUCUUUCCUGUCUCAUCAUGGUGGACAGUGCCUUCGAGUGUCACGGUGUUGGCUCACACAGCUCAACGCAAGCGGAAUUUACUCACUACACUACCUUCUACUACUUUGCUCCAAUCAAAUGUGAACAUGUUUAACCUCCGACCUAUACACUUCUACAAAGCACUUUGUCACUUGAUGCACUACAGCACUCGACGUCUGCCCCCUCCUCGUUGGCCAUAUCCUCUGUUUGUUCGGCUCGCUCGAGCAAUGCAAGUGAAUAUGUUGAUGGAGGCUUCCGAGUGAUUGUCACUGGUUUGUAUGUGUGUAAACUUCUUUUUUUGUCAUGAAAAUUGUGGGUUUAUUUUUUUAUGUCCAUCUUUUUUCUUUUUUUUUUUUUGUUUGAGAGUAACAAUGUUUAUCACACUGUGUGUUGUACUGGCCAGUGUCCUAAAGCAAAUAAAUUCUUAAUAAAACAUUUACUUGACUUGGA